GGCUGUCAAAAGCAGCUGUUGUUUUUGAGUCAGAUUCCAGCAUGUUCUAGCUGUUUCUUCUCUAGUUUCUUCGCAAGAAGUUAGUUCAGUUUUACGAAAAAGUGCUUAAAUUUGCAACAACGCGACUUAAUUAACUUAUUUGUUUGCGCUGACGAAAUAGUAAUGCAAGAUGGAUUGUUCCAACGACUGCUCGCCGGGCCCGUCUUCGGAGCACGAAAAGGACCAGGUCAAAACGAUCGUGCGCUUUCUGAACGUCCAGAGCACGGCACCGUUUGCGCGGCUCAAGUGUAACACCGACCUCAACCUGCCGCCGUCCAACUGGCUGAGCAACUCGGCCGACUCGUACGGGUUGGGUCAGUUUCUGUCGCACCAAGGCGGCGGCUUCAGCAGCUUCCGGAUGGCGAACAUGUUUCCGGACAUCAUUGGGUGCGGGGUGGACGUGGUGUCGGACGCGGAGAACAUUAAGCGGCUGCUGAAGUUGCCGUACUCGAGGAAGAGUGUGAUUUCGAUGAUUGUGCACCGGGUCGAGAAUACGCUGCUGAUUGACGAGUUUGACGUGGCCAAGUAUCUGCUGCGGCAGGAGGAGACGGAGUGGCACUGGCUGAGGUCGUUUAUCUAUGAUAACAUCUUGAACAGUUUGAGCGAAAGUGAGAAGAAGUUGUUUAUUCAUCCGAAGAGUCGCGAGGCGCUAGCGGCAAAGUAUUUGACGUCCAAGUUUCUGUACUACAGCCUGAAGGCCGAGGAUGAGCAGGGUGGCUCGGAUUAUGGGCCGUUGGAGGACGAUGAUGACGACGAGUGUCGGAUGUUUAAACCGCUGCCGUUGGCCGGGCCAGUGCUUCCGGAACCGGACGAGGAAGAACACAGUCCCGAUCCGCACCAGAACAAACAUGUGUUCAAUCGUAACGUGGUGUGGACGUUUGAGGACAUUCGGAUGUUGAUUGGCACCGAUAUGCCCAUCUUUGGUGGCGCGAAUCGUCCUUGCAUAAGUUUGCGGCUGAGGGACGAGUCUAAGCCGAUCAACGUGCUCACCGGGAUCGAUUACUGGCUGGAUAAUUUGAUGUGCAACGUACCGGAGGUCGUGAUGUGCUACCAUUUGGACGGUCUUGUGCAAAGGUACGAGCUGUUGAAAACUGAGGAUCUGCCCAAGAUGGAAAAUUCCAAGUUUUCUCCGAAAGUGAUAAGGAACGUGGCUCAGAAUAUUCUCGCAUUUUUGAAGGCCAACGCAACCAAGGCCGGUCACACGUACUGGCUGUUCAAGGCGAAGAAUGACGAAGUUGUCAAGCUGUACGAUUUGACGACUCUCUGCAACAACGCUUGUCCGUCGGAGGCUGCGGUUGAGGAGGAACCCGAAGAAGAGGACCAGCACAAUCAGAACCCCUUCACCAUUCCGGUCGCGAUGCUGCUGUACACGGUCGCCCGUAACAUGAAGAAUUCGCCGGAGGGAAUUUCCGCGACCAAAGCCGGUGCCAUCAAGACGCUGCUGGACAACUGCAUAAAGCUGUUGCCGAAGGAAAAGUAUCCUCAAAUCGUGACCUCGUCGCAUUACAUUCUGUCGGAUCUGCACAUCCCGGCCGAGACCGACCCUGGGUCGCCCAAGUUCAACACCACGCUGGAGGACGAGGAAGACGAUGAGUCUUGUUCGUUGUUUGGCGAGCAGACGGCGAGUUCGUCGCCGCACCCGGAAGAGUACGCCGAGCACACCGGAAACCGGCUGGAAGCGGCCAUCAAAAGCAUCGAGGAAACGUUGCAGGAGUACAGCGGAAGUGACGGAUGGCGGUACAAUGCGCGACCUCCGCCGCUGGUGGGUGGUAUUGAAGAACGCUGCGAGAUUGCGUUGCAACAUAUCGUUGAUGGGUUGAGCUGCCUGCAGUACUUUGAUAGCAGCGAAGAGCAGAAAAAUCGAGAGAAGGAAAAGGCCGAAGAAAAGCGCAAGAUUUACCACGAGGAAACCCAUCCGAACCUGGCGAAAUCGGAAGAUCCGAUACCGCUGCCGUACAGUCCGCUCAGGCCGGAACCGGAAAUGGCCAACCCGGACGAGCCGAUUCCGAUGGCGUGGCGAGAAGACGCGGAAGGUCCGCGGGAGUGCGCAGCGAAGAAGCAGCUGAAGAAGAAGAGCAAGCGUAAAAUUGAGAAGAAGCGGGUCACCGCCGACGGAACGGGUACGGAGAUUGACGCACGAUCGCUGCUGCUGAAGGGUGAAAUCGGAGUCGUCAAGUCGUGGAACGUGCACCUGAAGAUAUUGCUGUUUGAGAAGGCAUGCCUCACUUAUGCCACGCUGGCCGAGCGGUUCUACGCGCAGGAACAGUACGGAACUUCGCUGCGGUUCCUGUACGCGGCCAUCCGGUGCCAGCAGGUGGUCACCAAGUACAUUUCGUGCGUAUCGUCGCAGCGGAGUUUGCUGCUAGGUCGGAUAGGCGAUUGCUUCUUCCAGCUGGCGAAGAACUGGGCCAAGAUUCGCCAGUAUUUGGAGGAGUUUGAGCAGGAGAGUCGCGUCGAUCAGUUGAUAAUGGAGGAGCUGGUGAAGGAUAUUGGGAGUGAGGUGGAACACUCGCUGCCCCUGCCGAUGGAAAACGUUGAACAGCUGAUGGUCACGAGCUGCGGCUGUUACGAGGCUGCCAUCGAGUGUGCGUCGAAGGACGCCCGGGACGAGCUGAGUCGUCGGUUGGGCAGCGUUCGGAACGAGCUCGGCGUCAAGUACAUGCACUGGGCCCAGGAGGAGUAUCAAAAGUGGACCGAGUCGAAGCGGGAAGGCGAAGAUUCGGAACCACUGUACCAGGUGUUGGCAAGAAAAUCUUACGACUCGCUGCAGAAAGGAGUCGCGCUGUUUGAGGAAGCAAACGAUGCUACGAAUUUGGCAUUUUUGCUGUGCAACAUGGGUCGCUUUAUGCGGUUUCGGGCGCACAUCCAUCUGGUCGGGGAAACGCCCAACAACGUGCACCUGCAGAAGAAGUUCUACCACGAAGCGUUCGCGUUCUACCAGCGAGCGCUGGGCGUUCUGGGCACUCGGAAGGAAAACCCCGACCUGUGGUCGCUGGUCACGUGGGAGCUGUCGACCGCGACCUUCAACCUGGCCAAGCAGCUGCAGGACCAUAGCACAAUCGACCAGGAGGGCGCCCCCCAGAACGCCGAUGAACUCGAGCAGGAGGUUGUUGGAAUGCUUCAGCGAGCGCUUAAAAUCUGCGACCAAGAGCAAACCGGUCCCCGCCAGGUGCUGUACUCGUUCCGAGCUGCGCUGAUUCAUCACAGAAUCGCCUCCUACCACCACUUCUCGUUCCGCUCGGCCGCCGAGGAGAACCGCCGCAAGACCACCCUCCAGCUGUGCAAACUGCACUACGAGAAGGCGGUCGCCAUCUUCGAGAGUCUCAGCGAACCCCAGGAAUACCUGCGCAUCCAGAUGGAGCGGAUCGCCCUGCAGGAGUACCAGUGCGAGCUCGCCCAGACCAUUCCGGCCAAGCUGCGGCAGCUGCAGCAGGCGCUCGAGCUGUGCAAGCAAAGCCGCGCCAUGAUCGAGUGCUUGGCCAGCGCGAAAUGUGGCGGCGCCAACGUGGACCGCGACGAACUGCAGAAACUGCUCGAGCUGUUCGAGAAGCGCCUGCAGGUGAUUCUGCGCACACUGACAAAGCUGUGCCAGCUGGCGGCUAAAAAGCCCGAGAACGAUCGGCUUGCGGCGCACUACAAGACGCUAUUUGGGGCAACGUUGCGACGACCGGUUAGUGACGCUGGCUCAGAUUCCGCCCACAACGUGAUUAAGGAACAUGCCUUACAUCUUGUAAACGUGCUGCAGAAAAUUUGUGAUCUAGAUAAGACCGAAGGUUAAACCACGUUUUACACAAACUAACACACUUGUGCAUUUUUAAGAUAUUAAGCCGUUGAUCGCUUUUAAACUUCGUGUUAUAAAAACAGGUACUCAAGAAUAAAAACUCUUAAUAUUGUUCAAAACAAAAUCAU